AUGUAGAAAAAUUGGGGAUUUAAAACAGGGUAUUAGUGAUAUUAACUAUUUACUUAGUUGUUUAACUAUAGCAUCUGGUAUAAUUAUGGGAGCUGCUGGGGGACAUAAACCUUGGCCUAUUGAGCAAAAACUAAUAUUUGAUAGAGGAUUGAUGUUCCAUUUUUUAAACGGAAUAGGAAUGAUUAUAUCAUCAGUUCAAGGUGUUAACAUAUUGCCAUUUUCCCUUUUUGGAACUGGUGUCUUGCUUUUCUGUGGUCCUCUUUAUCACAAAAGCUUUACUGGGAAAAAGACAUUGUCAGGUUACUUACCACCAUUUGGAGGUUUUGCUAUGAUCUUUGGUUGGAUAUUGUUAGCUUUAAGAAAAUGAUU